AUGUCAUACUUCCACCCUCUUGCCUUGGCUAAGAAAGUCUUGGUGAGAUCGAGGUCACAGUUCUACUUAUUGUUAUGGGCCGGCAUCGGCAAAGUCCGCCCGCGCCCAUCUCGAACAACACCUCCGAUGAUCCUUCGAAGUCCACGACACCUUUUUCCCCCGCAGAUAUUCCUCCGUGUCCGUCGUCCUCCAAGAGAGAAAAAUGCCCAAGAUGAAAUUAUGACCUCAGGAGUUGACAUGACCAUCUGCGGACCAGCUGCAGCUUGCAACUUGAUAUGCGCCUUAGGUCUCGACCAUGUCCCAUCUCCCCUCUUUUCCCUCGGGAACACGAGGCUGCAGGAUUCAAAUGCCGUACCGCAUGAGGUUUCGGUCUGGGCCUCCGCCCGCAGCAGGCUGUCAAUGCAUGCGUUGAUGGCGAGCGCAGCAUUGCACAUUGUGGGAUUCGCAGCAGCGUGGAUGUUCGCACCUCGGGCCACCAAUGCUAGGUCCGAAAUACUCCUGCGAUCCAGCUCGUACGGUCCUUGCAGUGGAGAAGUGUCGAGCAAUGUCACAGGCCCAGAGGUAGAAGGCUUCCAGAUGGGCAUCAACAGAGGCGGUAUUCUAGGGAAGAGCGCGGAAAUUGUCGUACAAUGCUACGGGAGUGUCCUGGCUUGCAACUCGACCAAUAGGGAAGAGACUUUACUCAAAAUGGAGCGGACUUUAUCUCGCGUUUGUGUAUCACGCUCAUCCUUGAGCAAACUCAAGAUGCAAAACAAUUAUCGUAACCUCCAUAACUCAAGUCCAACCUCCGCCUAUAGUCUGCACUAG